UUCUCCACUGUGUUGAAUUACUCGUAUUAGCUAAGAAAAUGUUUAAUAACUUCAAAAAAAUUGUAAUACUCUGUUUAAGAUUAAUUAUUUUUUGUUUCGGCCUGGGAAUCAUUUUCAAUCAAAUUUCUCUGCUUAUUAAUGUUUUUAAAGAGGCAAAUCACUCAUUUUCCAUUCAUUUAUAUUCUCAUAAAAACAAGGAUUGUGUUGUGCCAACAUGGAACAGAGUUACUUCGAAAGAUGUACCAUACUCAGAAGAUUUCAAAAAAUGGGCCGCAGUGCGGAUUGGUGCUUUUAGGCACAUCAAAGAUGCUCAAGUCCGUCUUCUAUCUUCAUUUGUGUAUUCUGAUCAAAUUUCAAUAGUUACAACGUCACAAAACAUUGAUAACAAAAAGGUGACUUGUCGAUACUACGACUGUAAUCGUGAUGAAGUUCCUUACUCUUCUUUCGACACUGUGGUAGUUCCUAUGACAGUAAUCACAUGUCCCAGAAGAUAUGGCGCCGAGUUUGUAAGCGUUACUUUUGAUGAGAAUGAAACCCCUCAUGAGCCGAUCCCAUUGACCUUUAGAAUUUACGAUGAGCCAAUUCAUGAGCUGUCUGUUUGUGUUGGCCCAUUGUACGGAAAAAAGAGCAAAUGGUUGGAAAUUGUAGAAUAUGUGGAGCAUUAUAAACUUGUGGGUGUUUCAUAUUUCUACUUCACUCUGUUCAGUAUAAACGAAUAUGAUCGAACAGUCGUGGACUACUAUGCAAAGUUCGGAUAUGCCGAGUACACAACUUAUAUUACAGAAUAUCAAGAAUUAGGAUGGAUGUUUCACUUGAUACAAACACAGGAUUGCCACCAUCGAAGCCGACAUCAUUCAAAAUGGGUGAUUAACGUUGAUAUUGACGAACGAAUAAUUUACACAGGCUCCAACGAUAUACUUUAUUUUUUGAGGUCAAUGCCAGCGUCAAUUGGAGAACUCAGCAUUACGGCAAAUCGUAUUCUAACAACCGGAACAAUUCCGGAAAAACUGAAAAAUUUUGCAAAUUUACAGUCAGAAUUGACGUUUCUCAAGUAUAACAAGACCACAGAAGUCAGCUGGUACAAUUUCAAAGGAAUUAUACGCCCGGAUUUAGUAUAUGUUUUGUUUUAUCACUGGUCUUUUCGACAAAAGCCGAAUGUUCAUGUUAUUUCGAUACCUAAACAAAUUAUUCAUUUAAGGCAUUAUCGAAGUGUUGAUCAAAAUUCGUUAAAUGGAAAUUGGAUGGAAUUCUACAAUGGAUCCUUGAAAGAAACUAGGCUGGCUCCAGAUUUCGAACAACAAUUAAUCAAAAACGUGAAAGAAAAAGUGAAAUAUGUUUACGAUCAACGAUGGGUUUAAUGUGAAGAAACAUCGGAAACAAUUACCAAACUGUCUAAUUAGCAAGCAUGUUUUAGAUUGAAAAUGAAUUUUUUGAAGGCA